AUACAAAUUUUGGGCUUUGAAAUUCGCCGGUGAAGAUCAAACCACACGCAGCGCUGCGGCAUUCAUCGCUGCACUACCGCUGCACCACCGUCGAGGCAAGAAACUGCACGCGAAACGCUAGCGACGCGCACUGCUUGCACGGCGCCAAAAGCUGCAGCACCAGCAUCUCACGCCGUCGCCGCGACCGACGCACGCACGCACCACGCACGCACGCCGCCGCAGCACUAAACCAUGUCCGGCUGGGCCGCCAAGCAGGCCAAGAAGGCCGAGUGGGCCGAAGCGAGAAAAUUGGACGGCCUCGACGCGACGCACAAGGAAGUGAACGACACGAGAGACGCCGCCAUGGGCAAGGGCGAGGACCAGUUGUUUGAAAAAAAACUAAGCAAAGAAGAGCAGAAGGCGGAAAAAGAGCGGAAGAAGGCCGAGGCGAAGGCGAAACGCGACGCGAAGAAGGCGGCCAAGGGAAAGCCCCUUUCUAAAAAGAAGUCGAAGGAGAAUUUGGAGAAACUCGCGCAGCAAGAAGCUGCGAUGGCGGCACGCGUCGACGAGUCCGAGGCUGAUAGAUUAGCGAGGGAAGAGCACAUCAUCGCGACCUUCGCGUCCCAAAAGGAGCAACAUGCCCACGCGAAAGACAUUUCGGUGAGAGACGUCACGAUCUCGUUCCACGGCGCCAAUUUGAUCGAAAAUACGGACUUCGCCCUGAACUACGGCAACCGCUACGGCUUCAUCGGGCCGAACGGGAGCGGCAAGAGCACGAUCAUGAAGGCGAUAGCUGCCAGGUGUUUACCGAUCCCCGAGUCGAUCGACUUGUUUUUUUUAGAUCAGGAGUACCCGGCGACGGACACGCCGGCGCUGGAUGCGGUCUUCGAGGUCGACGACGAGCGCAAGGCCCUCGUGCGGACUCGGCGUCUGUUUCCGACCUUCGAGUUGCGUCGACGUGGCCGUCAGAGAGUCUGCGCGUCUCGCGAGUGAACGGUGUCCGUGCCACACAGGAAGCCGAGGCCGAGAAGAUCAACGACGCAUUAGCAGAUGCUGAUGAAGAAGAACAAGAACAAUUAAAUCAGAGGUUGCAAGCGCUGUAUGAGCGCCUCGAUGAACUCGACGCGGCGACGGCCGAAGCGCGAGCCUCGGCCAUCCUCCACGGCCUCGGCUUCACGCCAAAGAUGCAGAAGAUGCCCACGAAGUCGUUCAGCGGUGGCUGGCGCAUGCGCGUAGCUCUAGCACGAGCUUUAUUUUUACAACCGACCUGCUUAGUACUGGACGAGCCGACGAACCACCUGGUGCUGACUCAGCGUCUUGCCCUCAGCAUGACCCGAAGUUGAAGUUCGCGUCGAUGGUCACGCCACCUCUACACAAUCGACGGGGCCGUGAGAGAGUCGACGCGUCUCGUGAGCGAGCCGCGGCGGUGUCGCGACGGCGUCCGUGCCACACAGGACAUGGAGGCCGUCUUCUGGCUGGAAGACUACCUCGCGGGGUGGUCGAAGAUCUUGUUUUUCGUGAGUCAUAGCCAGGACUUCAUGAACGGGGUGUGUACGCAUAUUGUGCGGUGCCGCCGCGGCGUCCCACGACCUCGUCUGACGGAGACGAGUCGCGUCGACGGCGUCUCACACAGGUUGAACGAGCACACGAAGAAGCUCGACUAUUACACGGGCAACUACGAUUCGUACGUGCGCGAGCGGUCGAUCCGCGACGACGAGCAGCAACGGAAAUAUGACGCGGAGCAGCGGGACAUCGCGGAAAUUAAAGAUUUUAUCGCGCGGUUAGAAGCGGCGUCCGAAUCCACUCAAAAUCGAAUUUGAGACCACCCACGACCUCGUGAGAUGGCCACGAGUCGCGUCCACACACAGGUUCGGCCACGGCACGGUCAAGAUGGUGCGCCAGGCGCAAUCGCGAGAGAAAUUACUACAAAAAAAGUUGGAGGAGGGCCUCACGGAAAAGCCGCAAAGGGACGCGGAGUGGGACUUCUCGUUCCCGGACCCAGGUCAGUAGCGCAGCGUCGACAUUGAACCUUACGCCAUCGACGCGCGUCGGCUCCACCAGAGAAGGCGAUGGGUGGUCUCUGGUCCAAAUUUGGGCCGAUUCGGACCGUGUGGCGUGUCGGAGCGUACGCGGUCGCGUCGAUGGCGUCGCCGUGACCGCACGCACGCAGGCGAGUUACCUACUCCAGUAUUGAUGAUUCAAGACGUGUCCUUCGCCUACCCGAACAGCGAGCCGCUCUACCACAACUUGGAUCUUGGUAUUGACUUACAAUCACGAAUAGCGUUGGUGGGCCCGAACGGCGCCGGCAAGACGACCUUCGUCAAGCUGAUGACGGGCGAACUGCAACCGACGUCGGUGACUCAGAGUAGAAAAUGAACUUGAACUUGCCGGGGUCGCGGCGAUGGCGUCGAGGCGGUGCCGCGUCGCCUCAACGCCGUCGACGUGGCCGUCAGAGAGUCUGCGCGUCGCGUGAGAGAGCCGCGGCAGUUUCGCGACGCGGUCGUUCGACGCAGGUCGGGCGCCGUGCGGCCGCAUAGCCACCUGAGGAUGGCGAAGUUCACGCAGCACUUCGAGGACGUGUUAGAUUUAGAUAAAAAUGCAUUGGAGUGGAUCCACGCCUUGUACCCCAAAGUUUUCACUAAAUUAGAAAUGGCUAGAACUUGGCUUGGAAGGUACGGGUGCACUGCCAAACAACAAGAAAUGCCCAUGAAGCAGUUGUCGGACGGCCAGAAGGCGCGGAUCGUGUUUGCGAAGUUGGCCAUGGACAAGCCCCACUUACUCAUGCUCGACGAGCCGACGAACCACUUAGAUAUGGAGUCGAUCGAUUCGUUGGCCAAAAUGAUCAAUAAUUUCAAGGGUGGACUCGUGCUGGUCAGUCACGACAUGCGCCUCAUCUCGCAAGUGGCCAAGGAGAUCUGGAUCUGCGACAAGAAGAAGGUGGAAAGGUAUCAAGGGGACAUCUUGAAGUUUAAAUUAGCUGCCAAGAAAGCUCAACGGAAGAAGCUCGACCAGCACGCGAACGGUUAAGUGCGGCGACGGCGUAGGGGGGAGGGUUGUUUAUUUAUCCAAGUCUA